CAGAUGAGAAAUGAGGAUAAGGCAUAUCUCUCUCUCUCUCUCUCUCUCUGAUAUGACCUCAUCAACUUUCUCUCUCUAAAAACCUCCCUCUCUCUCUCUGUAUCCGGUUUUCAUUCAUUUUUGUCUCUGUAUAAUCUGUAUAGAGUUAUCUACAGCCCAACCUGUAUAAAUUGAUCCAUUUUUCACACCCAAUACUUCCGAUGUGUGUUGCUUUCGUGAGUAAUAGUUGUAGUGAUAGUAAUCGGAUCAAAUCCCAAGGGUUUUCUGACUGGAUGGGGAUCUAUAACAUUUCGGACUCCACCCAAUUCACCGGAGGUAAUCCAUGGACCAGCAGGCUGCCGGCUGUUAAGGAGGAGGAUGAUUCAUCCAGUUCUUCAUCUAUCGGCAAGAACAGUGACGCCGGAGGAGGUGAUUCCGAUGACGAAGUUCAGAGCACGGAUAAUGGACCGCUGAACCAGUUAAACGACUUGGAGAAAGUCUUGCCCAUCAAGAGGGGGCUAUCGUCGUUCUAUGCCGGAAAAUCAAAAUCAUAUGGAAACCUAGAGGAUGCGUCAUCUGUUCAAUCCAUUCAAGACAUUGUUAAGCCGGAAGAUGCUUACACCCGGAAACGCAAGAACAUGAUUGCUCAUACUGUUUUAUUUGAAAAGCUUCGUAAAUCAUCAGCUUCCUCAUCAAAGCGACUUGCUAACUCUACCACAACUGGCACCCAUGCUCGUUCCCUUCCACCCUUGCCCCCAAACACUACUAAUGAAUCAUCAGCUUCCUCAUCUCCAUCUCCAUCUCCAUCUGCAUCUGCAUCUCCAUCUCCUCGAAUGUAUUAUUUCCCAUGGAGAUCAUUAUCUCUCUCAGAUUUGCACCAUGCUUCGAGUAUCACUGACUCGGUGAUUAACGAACGAGACAAGGAGGAUGAGCAUUAGGUCUGUGAACGAAUUAAGAUAGAAUCUGAAAAAUAGUUGUUUCUGCCUUUCUGUGUAAAGUGUUUAUGCUUUUCUUUUUCACAAUUUCUGGUCUUGCCCGUGUUGUACUUCUUAAAAAAAAGGAUAUGGGCAUUUCCAGAAAUCAUAGGAUGUUGUUAGAUGUAGUCCAAGUUCUAUCAGGUUGGUGUUAAUCAAGAUGAAGAAAUGUUCAGUUUU